AUGGUGCUGCAACAACAAUAUAGAGAGAACGGUUUUACAAAAUAUUCUCAGCUGAUUUCAUGUCUUCUUGUGGCUGAACAAAAUAAUGAGCUGCUGCUGAAAAACCAUGAAGCACACCCUACUAGCUCAAUCCCAUUCCCUGGAGGGAAGGUGUAUCGUAUUAUAAUGACAAUACAAAGGGUCGUGGUCGUGGCUGCAGUUGAAAGCGCGGUCAUGGAAAAUAUCGUGGUUAUAAUCCCGAUAGUUGACAAAAUCGUCGUGGUGGUUACAAUUGCAAGAAUAAAAAUUAUCACCAAAAAUAGGAAAGUGCUAGUGCAAAAACAAGACAAGGAAAAGCGUGGAAAUUAUCCCAAAAAUGCUGAAAGCAUAUGUUAUCGUUGUGGCAUGAAUGGUCAUUGGAAACGCACUUGUCGUACUGCAAAGCACCUUGUGGACCUCUAUCAAGCAUCCUUGAAAGAUAAAGGGAAAAUAUAA